CACGAUAUAAAACAUCGAACAGAUCGAAAUUUGAAGCCUCUUUUUUAUCACUGUUUUAUCGAGUCUCUGUUAGUCUGUAUUGUAUCAUUUAUUCAUGUGGAGUUUAGAUAGAACAUUUGAAACAAUGGCUUUAAUCGACUUGGUCCUGCUCAUUGGUCAAGCCGUUCUGGUGACGUCAUUCCCUCGACCUCACCUCACCAUUCAUCUGGCGAGUCCGGCGUCUGUCAGUCCGCCUGAGUCACGUGACAUCCGUAUCGAGGACAAGUGGGAAAACACAAUCUCCCGAGGGAUAUGCCGCGCCCCGGGUAACAAAAUCACCUUCAGGCUAAGUCCCGGGGACAGUGCCACAGAUCUCAUGGAUGAAAGUGUAGCUCUGACGUCACGCUCUGUAGGUGCGCAGCAGUGUACACCCACCACCCUACCCGACCCCGUUUCCUGCAAAAACGGGAAGUUUUGUUCACAAGGCAACAACUGCACCAUCACCAUCAUAUCUGUUUGCCCGGGGUUUGAAUCCAAGUCAAGCUGGGAUAUGACGGAAGCGAUUGACGUCACGAUUGGAUUAGUUAACGGUGACGUGGUUCUGUCAUCGUGUUUCGCUGUGUGUCAGUCAACAGCCGAUGCUGUAUUACCCAGCCAGGGUCGGGGUUUGCCCGAGGCGGCUGUAGGGGUCAUUGUUGCAGGGGUCAUUGUGUUGGCUGCUGUUAUAGUCGGUGUGGCUAUCUUAUGUAUUACUCGGCGUAGUGGGAUCGUGAAUAGAACAAAUGAGAAACUACAUUAUAUGGAAUACGCUCGAUAACAUUUACAUUAUUUUAGUAUUGUUUUAAUUAAUAAAACCAAACUUUGAAGUCACUUGAAGCAUUGUGGCUAGGUAACAGUCGCCGUUUGAGAUUUUUAUUAGGGAAUGAAGCCCAACUAUUAGUUUACUGGAUGCAUCGGCAACUAGCUAACAGUUACCCUUUCAAAUUUGAUCGAGAAAUUAAAUUACUGGAUGCAUUAUGGCAAGGUAACAGUGUACCUUUUUGAGAUUUUUAAUAAGGAAUAAAGUUGAACUAUUCCGUUACUGGAUGCAUUGUUGGCUAGCUAACAGUUACCCUUUGAGAUUUUAUUAAUAAAUUAAAAUGAACUCUUCAGUUACUGGAUGAAUAAGUGUCUAGUUCACCCAUACCGUCUUGAGGUAUUUUAAAGUCAAGAAAUGAAGUUGAACUAUGAAGUUAAUGAAUGCAUUGGUAAUUAAGUAACAGAUACUAUUUGAGGGUUUAUCAAGAAAAGAAACUGACAUAUUUAGUUACUUGAUGCUUUGUGUCUAAUUAACAUUCACGUUUUUACUUUCU